AUGGACGUGCACGGCCAGGCUGCGGCGACGUGGGCGCCCGAGUACGUCGGCGCCGCCGACGGCGCGAUGAUGUACAGCGGCGGGUACCUCGGCCCCGCCGCGGUGGUCGGGGCUGGGGGCCAGGGCGGCCUUGGCCACGGUUACGGUCCGGGGAUGUAUUGCGGCCCCGAGAUGGCGGGCCACGGCGACCCGUACGGCCCGCGCCACGCCUCGCGCCCCCCGCCGCCCGCCGCGCCGGAGCACUACGCCGACAAGGCCCAGGCGCGCAAGGCCCGCAACCGCGAGAGCGCGAAGCGGUCGCGGCAGAAGCGCCAGGACGAGUUCGACCGCCUGGAGCGCGAGAACCGCGCGCUGCUGGAGCGGGUCCAGAACAUGCGCUCGCAGCUGCAGUGGUCGUUCCAGGCCGCGCUGGCGGAGGCCGGGCGCCGCGCUGCGGGCGCGGGGGGCGAGGGGGGGGUGUGCGGGCGGUGCAGGAGGGCGGGGGGGAUCCGGCGCACGGGGUCGAUGUAG